AUGGUCGCCCCCGCCGCCUCGUCCUCGUCGGCACUCGCCCAGCUCCUGCCUCACCUCGACAGGCAGCUCGUCCUCCCGAUCCUCGACUUCCUCGAGAGUCGCGAGAAGUACUCGCACGAGGAGGUCCUCCAGGCCAAGAUUGACCUCCUCGGCCAGGGCAAGACCAACAUGGUCACCUUCGUCGAGGCCCUCCAGCGCGAGCUCGAGGGCAAGGAGGACUCGGAGGAGGUUGCCGGCCACGCCGACUUCCGGAAACGCGAGGAGGAGGUCGUCAAGACGCUCAACGAGCUGCAGGCGCAGGCGCAGGGCGUCAUGGAGGUCAUCUCGAACCCGGAGGUCGUCUCGGCGCUGCGACAGGACAAGCAGCACAACUUGACCUACCUCAAGGAGAACCACAACGUCACGAACGACCAGAUCGAGCUCCUGUACAAGUUCGGGCAGUUCCAGUACUCGAUCGGCAACUACGGCGGCGCGUCCGACUACCUGUACCACUUCCGCGUGCUGUCGACCGACUCGCAGCUCGUCCUGUCGGCCAUGUGGGGCAAGCUCGCGUCCGACAUCCUCGAGGGCUCGUGGGACGCCGCGCUCGAGGAGCUCAACGGCCUGCGCGAGCACAUCGACCAGCGCGGCUCGAACGGGCCCGGUGGCCCCCUCGUCGCGCUCCAGCAGCGCACGUGGUGGCUCCACUGGUCCCUGUUCGUCUACUUCAACCACGAGAACGGGCGCGAGCUCCUCCUCGAGUCGUGGCUCAACCAGAACUACCUCAACACGAUCCAGACGGCGUCGCCCUGGCUCCUGCGGUACCUCGUCGCGGCCGUCGUCAUCGCGCGCAAGUCGACGCUGCGCUCGGCGGGCCCGGCCUCGCAGGGCAACUCGGCGCGCUCGCGCGAGGCGGUGCGCGACGUCGUGCGCGCCCUCGGCCAGGAGCAGUACCAGUACCGCGACGCCGUCACCGAGUUCCUCCGCAAGCUCUACGGCGAGGUCGACUUCGAGGGCGCCCGCGAGGAGAUGGCCAAGUGCGACGCCGGCGCCGCGCUCGACGACGACUUCUUCCUCGAGGCGUUCAAGGGCGAGUUCGUCGAGAACGCGCGCUUCCUCGUGUCCGAGGCGUACUGCAAGAUCCACCACCGCAUCGACAUUGGCGAGCUCUCGGACCGCCUCGGCCUCUCGCGCGAGGAGGGCGAGCGGUGGAUCGUCGACCUCGUGCGCGACGCUCGCCUCGACGCCAAGAUCGACCUCAAGGAGAACAUCGUCCAGAUGAACCACGCCGACACGCCCGUCUACCAGACCGUGAUCGAGAAGUCGCGCGGCCUCCUGUUCCGCUCGCAGGCCAUGGCGAGCGCGAUCGAGGUGCGUGCGGCAGGUGGCGCCGUCUCGAGCGAGCGCGAGCAGGCGCGUUACGGCGGCCGGACGACGGGUGCGGGUGGUCGCGGUGGCAAGGGCGGCAACGGGCCGAGGGGCCCCAAGAAGGACCAGUCGCAGCAGCAGCAGCAGCAGAAGGAGGGCGGUGCCGAGGCGGAUGCGCCCGCACCGACGACCGAGGCGUAGAGCGAGCCAUAGAAGCGCGCGUUCCCCUUCCCUUCCCUCGUCGCUCUCUCUCUCUCUCUCCCUCUGUGUGUGUGCUGGGCCCGAAACGUGUACCGAUACCGCCUCU